AUGUCCGACUCGCACGCGCACUCGCUACUGCAGCUGCAGCGCCACCCCAAGUGCUCGGCGCUCUACGCCACUCGCCUCCGCCGCAACUCGCAGCAGCCGGUCGAGCCGCUGGCUCCGAGCGUCGCCUACUUGGCCAACGUGACGGUCGAGGUGACUACCAAGACGCUGGGCCGAGACGCCACCACCGUCGCACUGACAGUUCACGACCACAAGUCCAGUUCAACCUGGCGCCACCUCCGCUCCUACGCCGAAUGCCGCGCCUUUCAGGCCCGAGUCCUGCAGGUGCUGAGCCGAGGCCACCUCUGCUUCGCUGAGUGCCCGUGGCUCUUCGCCUACGUGCAGCGAUCGCUGCCGGCCCAGCGUCGGGGCCACCACUUGUUCCGCGUGGCCGGUCAUUGCCCCAAACCCGGCGUGGCCGAGAACCAGCGCCAAGCUCUCACCAGACUCUUCGCAACGCUGCAGCGUGUGCUGCUUAACCCGCUGAACCAGAAAUGCUCGGUGCUCAUGAAACAAGUGGCACCGGAAGUAAUCACAUUCAUCACGAACCGAAGUGAAGAGGUCGGUACGGAGUCCCUAAACUCGCCGACAAACGACCGGCCACUGGCGAAAACGUUCUCCGAGUCGUUCAUGUUCGAGAUCAACGAGGAUGGCGAGGUGCUGGCCGUUGACGCUGACGCUGACGCUACGUACGGACAGGUCAGCACCAUCACCACGGCAAGUCUGGACGAUUUGGAGCGAGAGUCGGCCGCAGAAGAAGAAGUGGACGCCACUGCGACAAUGGAGAAAGUUGUCGCCGGCCAACGCGUGUGCUGCGCCAUGUGCGCGCUGCAUCGAAGUCGGUCGGACGAGCAGGUGUUCGCGGGCUGGCGGGCCGAGACUAUGAGCAGUCGGUUUAUGAGACUGCGGGUUGGCGCCGGCGCCGAGCGCGUUUCCAUUGUGGCCAAGCGGCAACAGCCAGCGCAACCAGUGGAGCCGCAGGUGAAGGGCGUGUGGGAAUCCCCCGCUUUGUCGCAACGGGUGACGUCACCACUAGAAUCGUUGGCAGUUCUAGGUGGUCGUGCGUUGGACGUCGUCGUCGUGGAACAUGACGGAACCCCGAAGGACCCCUUUCCGAGCUCCCCGGGCACGCCAGGCACCCCGCCCAGAGAUUCGCCCGUGUCUUCUAGAACCUCGUCGGUGUGUCAGAUCGACUUGACCAUGCUUGACACGUGGAACUUGUCAGGGCCGGCGCCGGCACCGUCACCGAAGACACCGAAGACCGCGUCACCGUCCAACCUCGAGAACAUUCGUCGGAUGCCACGUCGGUCGCUCGUCGUGCUCAACUCGCUGCGCAGCAAAUUCUCGCUGCGUAAAAACUGCAUGGGCGUCGCUAUUUAA